CUGAGCUCGUAUGGGGUUCGAGCUGAGCGGGUCGAAAAGGUGGUUGAGUGCUUUGGGAUACUAAUCCUGGCACUUUGCAAAGCUGUAAGACGUCAGAAAGCCAUGGCAAUUGACAUGGCAGCCCAAUACAAGAAGUGGGACGACUUUGAUGAUGAAUUGGAGGACUUGGACGAGGAUGCAAAUGAUGGCUUCGAGCUGAAUUCAGGCAUGGAUCUCAAUGCGUUGACGGGGCCAGCGGAAGAGGUCAAGAUGAUCAAAGCUCAUUGGCGAAGGGAAGGCAGGCGGCUGGCGAGGUCUUCCCAGAAGCCGCCCAACAACGAUCACAGGCAGAAAUCCAUUGUGCCUGAGCCAGGGCCUAUGCAGGAACGACCCUGCGUGACAUCAGAGCAGCGCCUUUUAGAACAGAAUUACAAGAAGUGGAACAAGUUUGAUGCGGAUGCUGCCAUGCUGGAAAUCGACAAUGCAGAUACAACAGAAGAAGGCAAAGCAAUGCGUUUGUCAGCAGGACAAGGCUCCGCGAUGCUCAAUUGCGAGGGGUACACCAAAGAUAGGGAGGAGUAUGAUCUCGACCAAGACAUUGAGCGCAAUAUGGGCGGGCUCAAGCAACUUUUGGCGCAAAACUUGAAAGAUGCCUCGCAAUUGAAGAUGGAAGGGAACACCAUGCUACGAGCUGGUCAAGCGAAGGAAGCAGCCGAUCAGUACCGGAAAGGCAUUGAGACCCUGCAGCUUGCGCGGCAAGCGAGUGUCUUGAUGAGUGCUUCGCUGGCUGACAAGCAGUCCCAGCUGCUGGCGGAUUUGAACAAAAACCUUGCAGCGGCCCAGCUUGCGAUCUCUGACUUCAGCGGUGCGCUGGCGAGCGCAGAUGAAGCUUUGACAGUUUCAGAUGAUGAGAAGGCAAGAUACAGACGUGCAGUUGCCCUGGUUCGGCUAAAGCGCCUGGAUGAAGCACGGAAGGAGGUUGAGAAAUUGGAUAGUUCUGACCCAGCUGUGCAGAAACUGAAGUCUGAACUAAAAUAGCAUCAAUCGCAA